CCAAACGCGUGAUAACUAGUAAACAUACAGUUCCGUGUUCACGCGACUGAUAUACAUUUGGAUAGCGUGCAAAAAAGUUACAGAAUAAUGUCUCACUGGAUUUGCUGUAACUCCUGCUUCGUGUCGCCUGGUCCUGAGCGUCAGCUGGCGGUCACAAACUGCGGUCACAUCAUCUGUAAUGUUUGCUUUCAGAGAGGAAAGCAGGGUGUCUGCCUCAUUUGCAAAGCAGCGUGUCAGAUCUCCCCACUGUCUGAUAAAAGUAGCUCAGAGGUGCAAGAGCUUUUCUCAGAUAUCAGUGCAGUUGCAGUCAAAUACUUCUCAGAGAUAAGCAAGGUUUUACAAUUCCAGGCCAGACACCAGAAAAGAUUACUGGCCCACUAUCAGCAGAAGAUUGAGAGAAUGAAGGAGGAUGGCCUGAAAAUGCAACAAGAGAUGCAGAAGAUGUCCACGAAAAUUUCAGAACAGAAUGCUUACAUAUCCAAGUUAGAAAUGACUGUUCAAAAUCAAAGUUCAAGACUGGUGUUACAGUCCAACCGAGAUUUACAGUCAGCAAGUCAGAGACAAGCUUCCCCAGUGACAAAAAUCCCCUAUUCUUCCCCACUCUCGAUGUCACGAUCCUUGUCCUCUGCUAGCCUAGCUGACAGCAUAGAAAUCAACAGCAGGGGGCACUCUCACAAACCAGAACUCCUGAGUAGAAUUUGUCUCAGAAGCUCACCGAAGGACUGCCGCAUAGGUUUGUCAUUGCAAAAUCAUUGCUGGUUUUGGUUUUCAGUCACCAGAACUGCACUGUUAUGGAUAUUCUGGGCCAAUGCUAGUCUUAAAAAGUUAGUCAUCUCGUUUUUUUCUUUAAGGCUGGUCAUAACUUUUUAAAGUCAGUUAUAAAGAAUGGUCUAAUUUGAAUCCAAAAAGUAAUACCAUUUAUCUCUUUGCAAAC